AUCUCGCAUAUAACCGAAACGAAAACGAAUCCGAACGUGUUAAUUGUGUACUGGAUAAAAACUCUUCGGGAAAAACUGAUUCUAAUUCGUUAAUAUAAACAAAUAUAUCUUAAGCAUUGCAUUUUUUUCAUUCCCGCUCAAAUCCAGGAAAAACAUUCGCCUAUGUGUUGAAGUACCCGAAGAAAAUUUAAGUACAGCAUUCAUCGGGCGUAAGUUAUAUUCUCCGAAUUCAUCUUCUUGGAUUGAAGAUUUUUGCAGAUUCUUUUACCUUAGCGAUCAUUUUCGUUGAGAUGGACGGUGACGACGAUGAGGUCAAAACAACGAGUCGGGUGUUUGACUUUAUGCACUUUUUUGAAUAAUGAAACAUCAAGAAGACAGAUAAGAAAAGAAAAAUCUUUAAUACGUCAUUAAAAGAAAAAAUAUUUUUGAAAACAUAUUUUGGAAAAAAUUCUUCCUUGCUUCAAAGAUCUCAACUACAAGCGUCGUUAUAAAUAAACGUUGGUUAGAGACGAUUCACCCGUAGAAGCAUUCCUCAAAGAAGAAUUUCUCUCUGCAAAGUCGAGAGGCGCGCGUGCAGUUUCUUGGACUUUUUAUUGUUUAAAUUAAAGUGUGAUUUAAGUGAGUGUGGUUAUAAUCGAAGACAAAAUGGCGACCACGGAGGUCUUCCAAGACUGGGAGUCGCCCCAUGAAAUCACGUCGAUGACAAAAAAAACAACGAGGAAAACAACCACGACUACCACAAAAAAGCGAUAUGACCCGAACGCGAGUAAUUAUGAAAACAGAGAUGACGAAAAUUGGAAUGACGACAAGAGAAGCAACGAGACGUCCGCAUCGACCAAGACAACCACGAUGACCACGGCAGCAAAGCUUUAUGGAAAGGAUUUGAGCGAAUAUGACGACGUCGACGUGGACGAGCUGUUGUCGCAACUCACACCUGAGGAGAUCAACAUCCUCGCGAAAGAAGUAGACCCUGACGACAGUUUUAUGCCCCCCUCGCAACGUUGCAGUUACGAGUGCGACAAAAGCCCUACGGGGCCGCUAAACCGCAAGAAACUCAUCGAACACAUUAACAAACAAGCUUUGGAAACGCCAGAUAUUCCAGAACUUAAACCUUAUGUACCUGGUGUCGUCAGAGGGAAGAAAUGGAUUCCACCACCACAGGACAACACCAAAGAAAAAGAAGCAGAUGAGCAAAUUGCAAUCGAUCUUGGUGAUGAAUAUGAACAAGCCUUAACGGAUGCGACUCAAGAAGAAAUCAUCGAUCUCGCUGCAAUUCUUGGAUUCCAUUCGAUGAUGAAUCAAGAUCAGUAUCAUGCAUCUCUUCUGAACUCGGGGCAGCCUGUUGGUAUGGGUUGGGAUGGAAUUACGAAAGCCAGUCAACCUAAAGCAUAUCCCAUCGAGCCUCCCAAUGAUACGGAUGUCGACGAAACAAUUAGAAAAGUUCGAGAAGACGAUCCUUCGUUGGUUGAUUUGAAUUGGAACAAUAUUAAGAAUAUUUCAGACGAGAAGUUCAUUCAGUUGUUUGAAGGGAUAGAAAUGAACACGCACCUCGAAACCUUGAGUUUGACGAAUGUUGGACUCGCAGAUAAGACUGCCCAGAGAUUAUCAGAAGCUAUUGAGAAAAAUUCUACCCUUAGAGUACUGAAUGUCGAAACAAAUUUCAUUAGUCCGCCUGUGAUAGUAAAAUUCGUCAGAGCGCUUCUCAAAACGAAGUCGAUUGAAGAGUUCCGGUGUUCGAAUCAGAGGUCACAAGUGUUGGGCAACAAAAUUGAAAUGGAAAUCACACAUCUUGUCGAGCAGAAUCCCACGUUAUUGCGACUUGGUCUUCACCUCGAAUUCAAUGAUGCCAGACAUCGGGUCGCUGCUCACCUACAACGCAACAUCGAUAGGAUACGGCAGUCCCGGCUCGAGAUGGCAACAUCUUAAUGCGAUGUGGCGAUCGCCUAGUCCGUCUUCGCCGUACGGGAAGGGCUUCCCGCAACAACACAAUCGGCUGGGUGUCAUGCAGUAGUUAUUGAGAAGACGAUGGUCCUCAACGGCAGUCUUGAUCACAUUGGUCAAGCUCAUUUUUAUUAAUGUACAUGCAAGGCGUACGCACGACCGGAAGUCGGCCUCAAAGUCAGUCAUCGUGUCCAGAGUGUGUACCUGUUGGUACAGCAACGAAACGAGCUAAGAUGUGUCUAGAAAGAGAAGUAAUCCAGAGGCCUACUAAUGUGCUUUGUAGUUGUAACGUUUAGACCUUCUUAGAAAAAAUAAGGAUUUUUGGAACUUGACUUUAUGGCCUACUUCCAAAAAAGAUUAUAUUCGUAAUUGACGUUCUCUAAGCUGAAUGACUUCGGAAGAAGCUGGGACUUGCUGUAUUUUAUAUUUAAAAAAUGUUUAUCAAGUUUUAAGCAAUUCUUGCAUCGCGCAAAUUACGGUAGAGAGAAGACUAAGGAGCGAGAAAGCAGGCGAGGCGAUAGUCUACCGACAGAAACUUCCGGUUAUUCAGAAUCUCGUGGCGCGAGCGGUUAUUGAAUUUCCGUCAGAGGAAUAUUUCACGCAGCAAACUUACUCGAAAAUCGGUUGGAUAUUUCUCGACGGUAGAAUUUAAGUUUAAUUCUGUGAGGGGGUUUUUAAAAACUACAUUUCAAUCAUUUCUCUCAAUUAAAAAAGAAAAAAUUGCUUUCCACAAAGUUUUGUAAAAUGAAAUUGGUCGAGCUUUAAGCGGUCUGUGUUAGGAAACUGAAUCAAUAAAUAAUGAUAACCGCUGCACGAAGAAUGAAAUAUGCAAAUCUGCUUGUCGUGGUAUAAUGUUCGUAGUCAUUUCGAGCACAGGCAGAUCUUCCGGUUCACUUCCGGUUGCCUGGUCAUGGAUGGAUGGUUACCAGAAGUGUCGUUUUCCAGCAGGAUAACCGCGAAAUCCGCCCUGCCUGGCGCGGCCACUUCCGGUAUUCUGCCGGUAAAGCAGCGUGCGUCUUCUCGUUUCCUUUUAACUGGGACUUUCUCGUCAAAUCUCCUGGGAAGAUCUGUAAGAAUUGUAAUUACACACACUUGUCUGCAUACCUUCAAUCUGGCGCGCUUUUUUCAGCGUGGCUUUUCAUUCGCCGAUUUAAUGCCUCGAUCUUUUUGACCGUUUUAAAUGUCCUUUUUUUAUCAACCCGAUGAUCGUCAGUUCGUCGUGAUGUUUUUUAAUCGUACAAGCUCAUAAAGUCUCGAAAACGAAGUUGUUUUUACGACACUUUAGUCUAGCUAGAAAGCGCAGGUUUUUAUGGAAUGAUGUACGUUUUUCGAAAUGAAAUAUCCAUAGCUCGCCAUCCCAUUUUCUAAGGAAACUAAUGUCAACUGUUAUUUCCUCGUCGCACUUUCUACUGUACUGUAGGCCUGUAUUUUUUAAUUUAUGUACAUGUCGACGAUCGAUCUCGUGGCCGUUUCCGAACCGAAGAUGCUCUUCGGACAUAAGGCGAAGAUAUUCCGUACGUGAAAUUUUACUUUAUAAUUAAAACGCUUUGAGGGUGGAAAUCACAAAAAAUAUAUUAAGGAAAUUCUGAACGUCAAUGUCCUUAGCUAGCUCUUAUUCCUGCCGAAAGCGCGAUAUUCUAGAGUAGUUUCAUCGUGAUGUAAGAAUACUGAAUCGAAGUUACGUGUACGUGGAUUAUUAUUAUAUGAUAAUUAAUAUAUUGCGACUCUUAUCCUAAUGCUACUUAGGCGAUCGGCUAACCGGUCGAGUGGGUCGAGUUUUUCUGACACUGCUUAGCAAAUGAUUCUGUUAUUGCCAUUUAAAAAAGUCUUUAAAUGGAUUUUUUCGCUAAGAAGAUUUUAUUUUUAAAAGAAUAUACAAUGUUUUCAUCUGUAAUUGUUUGCAGUUGCUCGUUUUUAAUUAAUUGCGAACUUCAAAGUUCCAUCAGUUUUAAUUUUUAAAAGAUCUUCGUCGACUCGACCGGCGAACAUGAACCAUUAAACUAUUUACCCACUAAUCUAGCGAUUAAUUACUGAUUAGUUUAGCGUCGGUAUGAAUCAAUCUGUACAUAUUGUCUUAACUGUCGUUUCGGUUAUUGUGAAGCACAUACUAGUUUAAUAUAUAAUAGAGUGGAGCGUAAGAGAGUGGAUGAAUGAAGGAACGAGAGAACGUUUGGAAGGAAGCGCAUGUGUCGAUGCGUGCGUAUGCAAAAGAACAAACUGAAAAAAAGCGCCACAGUAAGUUAGAGGCAGAAAAAUAAUGUUCAGAGUCAUGUUUCUCGCGUAACAAUUUCUAGUUACGUUUCUUUUAUCUCAUGUAUUGCACGCUAGAUGUUCACUCCGAUAUCUUAUAGAAAAAAAUGGUACAGAAACCGGAAAAGGGAAAACAGAAGGAUGAAAAAAAAUGACAUUUUUCAAAGUAAACGAAUCACUCUUGGGAUUAAUGGGAUUAUUUUGUAAUUUUUUUUUGCAGAUAAAUUUGUCGUUCUUCCUAAGUGAAUUCAGCGUUUUGAAAUGUUUCGAUCGUUUCUUCAGGCUAUAGUAUUUUAUUUGAAAAUGCCAGUUUGAGUGCGACGAUGAAGAGUGAAAGAAAGAGAGAGAAAGUUAGAAAUAAAAUGUAAUAGUAUUGUAUUCGGUGUUUCGCUCACACCCUCCUUGGUAUAUUUGUUAAAUGCAUGUACUCGCGUACAUGCACUCGAUAUAAACACCCGAAAACACAAAUUGCACGCGCACGAUCAAAGCCUUGCUGCUAGCCUUAUCUUGUAACACGAGAUUUAAAUAAAAUUUCAAAAUUCA